GCAGGGCAGAUACUGCUCAACAGCUUGUUAUUUGGCUGAUCGCUGGUGAUUCGGUUCGAGUCCGGGCUGGAAGGGGGGGUGGAGCGGAGUCGAGCCGCCGCCGCUGCUGCUGCCUCCGCCGCCGCUGUCUCUGAGGCGCCUGCCGCGAGCGGGGCUGGGGGCCGGGCUCGCAGCAGAUCCCUACUUGGCUCUGAGUUUAAAGCUUUUUUCUGUAUAACUGGGGUCAAGAGAAAUCUUUGAGCUGGAAUCCCUCAAAUAACCUUCAAAGAUGAAGGCAGCAGAUGAGCCUGCCUACCUGACAGUGGGAACUGAUGUCAGUGCCAAGUACCGUGGUGCCUUUUGUGAGGCAAAGAUUAAGACAGUGAAAAGGCUGGUGAAAGUCAAGGUGAUCCUGAAACAGGAUAACUCAGCUCAGUUAGUUCAAGAUGACCAAGUAAAAGGACCUUUAAGAGUUGGUGCAAUGGUUGAAACCAAGAUGCCUGAUGGAUCCUUUCAAGAAGCUGUUAUCAACAAAUUGACAGAUGCCAGCUGGUAUACUGUAGUUUUUGAUGAUGGAGAUGAGAGGACGUUGAGACGAACUUCAUUGUGCUUGAAGGGGGAGAGACACUUUGCAGAAAGUGAGACACUUGACCAACUGCCACUAACAAAUCCAGAGCACUUUGGAACUCCAGUAAUUGGGAAGAAAUCCAACAGAGGAAGAAGAUCUUCUCUUCCUGUCACUGAAGAUGAAAAAGAGGAAGAAAGUAGUGAAGAGGAAGAGGAAGAUAAGAGACGUCUUAAUGAUGAAUUGCUUGGCAAAGUUGUCAGUGUAAUUUUUUGUUCGGAGAAGACUGACUGGUAUCCGGCUUUGGUAAUAUCUCCCAGCUGUAACGAUGACAUCACAGUGAAAAAGGACCAGUGUUUAGUUCGAUCUUUUGCAGAUUCCAAAUUUUAUUCAAUAGCAAGAAAGGACAUCAAAGAACUAGAUGUAAACCUAUCAAAAUCUGAUCUGUCUGCUAAAAAAGGGUUACAGGAAGCAAGCACUUUCUUAAACACAAAAGCUGUUCCUGAUAACUGGAAAAUGGACAUGAGUGAAAUCCUGGAGUCCUCCAGCAGCGAUGAGGAAGAUGGCGCUGCUGCAGACAGUGAUGAAGAGGAAGACAAAGUGGAAGAAAAGGAGGAAGAAGUAGUGCCUGAGGAAGAGCUUGAUCCUGAAGAGAGGGACAACUUCCUCCAACAGCUUUACAAGUUUAUGGAAGACAGAGGUACUCCUAUCAAUAAACCUCCUGUUCUGGGCUACAAGGAUCUUAACCUCUUCAAACUUUUUAGACUGGUGUAUCAACAGGGUGGGUGUGACAAUAUUGACAGCGGUGCUGUAUGGAAGCAAAUUUAUAUGGACCUUGGCAUUCCUAUUUUGAACUCAGCUGCUUCCUACAAUGUAAAAACUGCUUAUAGAAAGUAUCUUUAUGGUUUUGAAGAAUACUGCCGCUCUGCAAACAUUCAGUUCAGGACCAUCCAUCAUAAUGAACCAAAAGUGGUAGAAGACAUUCAGAAACAAGAAGAACCAAUGGAGGAAAGUGUAAAAGAGGAACAAGAAAUGCUUCCAGCAGAAGUAAAAAAUGAAGCAGAAGAAAAUGAUUCCAGCAGCGAAAGUGAAAAAGAAGAAAUAGAAUUAAGAUCCCCGAGAGGACGGAGGAGACUUGCUCGCGAUGCAAUAACUACUAAAAAAGAAACUGAAGAGGAUAAAAUGCAGGACAAAUUAAAAGAUAGCAACAAAGAAAAUAAAGAUGUAGAGGAAACACUUGAGAAUGCAGAGAAGAAAGAAAAUGAGACACCACUCGGGAGAAAGAACACACCAAAGCAAAAAGAAAAGAAAAUGAAAAAACAAGAGGAAUCUGAUAAAGAAUCUGAUGAAGAGGAAGCGAGAAUGCAAGAGAGGGAGGAAAUUGAAAACAAAGGCGAAUCAGAAGGGGAGGAAGAUGAGGAGGACUCAGAGCCCUGUCUAACGGGAACCAAAGUGAAAGUAAAAUAUGGACGUGGAAAAACUCAGAAAAUUUAUGAAGCCAGUAUUAAAAGCACAGAAAUUGAUGAUGGAGAGGUUUUAUAUUUAGUACAUUACUAUGGCUGGAAUGUAAGAUACGAUGAAUGGGUGAAAGCUGAUCGGAUUAUCUGGCCUUUGGACAAAGGAGGACCAAAGAGAAAACAAAAGAAAAAAGCAAAAAGUAAAGAAGACCAGGAAAAGGAUGAAAAGAAGGAUGAGGAGAAACAGAAAUCAAAACGUGGCCGCCCCCCUCUGAAAUCUACUCUUCUGUCAAACAUGUCUUGCAGUUUAUCCAAAACACCUAAUAGUGAAGGUAAAGCAGGAGCCAGAAGUACACGGAGCAAUAUGUCAGAUUGCUCGUCAUUACCAAAUGGAACAGAAGAUUCUGGUUCAUCUGACAGUGAAGCUGAUGAGACUUCUGAAAAGAGUAUGAAUGAAGAAUUUUCUGCAGAAAUUUCAGAUAUGGAAAAAAAUGAAAAACUAAUUGAUGAGAAACCUGAUGAAGAAAACCCAAAGAUCCCACAUGUAUUGAUGAAAGAAAAUGACAGGACUCAAGUGCAGCCUCUAGAAACGUUGAAACUGGAAGUUGAAGAAAGUGAACAAAUAGUUCAGAUUUUUGGAAACAAAGCUGAACAAGUGGAAGAAAUUAAAAAAGAGACUGAAAAAUCACCUAAGGGGAAGGGAAGAAGGAGCAAGACAAGAGACCCCUCUUUAGAGAAUAUAAAGGUUUUGCCAGAAAGCCAGGAAGAGGAAACAAAUGAAACCCUCAUAGAAUCUGAAAGGUCAGAAAUUUCUUCCUUAGACAGUAAAGAGUUUUCCACCACUACUGAAAAUGAAACAGACCCUUGUACAAAAGAUAAGAAGCUUUUGAAAAGGAAAACGUUGGAACAGACAUCGCCUGAGAAAAAGGUACGACGAGAGUGUGAGAUGGAAGUGCCAAAUAUUGUGUCUGAGGAGAGGACCAAUGAAUGUAUUGGAAUGGAGGAAUGUAAAGACUUCCAUGAUGAAGAGUCACUCAGAACUGAAAAUGAGGAAAUGCCGUCUUUAGUAGCAGAGUCAGAUCAACAUGUUCAAGAGCUGACGAAUGAAAACUUUGAAUGUACGUCUGAGGAAAAUGAGCAUAUUCCAUUAAAAGAUGAGGAUGACACUAUGCCUCAGAUUGGACCUGAAACUCUCCUUUGCCAUGAAGUGGACUUGGAUGACUUUGAUGAAAAGGAAAAGAGCAGUAGUGAGGAUGCAGUAACAGAAAAGCCAGACCCCAACACUUUGACCUCAAAUCCAUCUGCCUUAACCCCUGCAGUCCAGCCUAACUUCUCUGUGGCCUCGCCCCUUGCUCUUAGUCAGGAUGAAUCUCGCAGUAUAAAAAGUGAAAGCGAUGUAACGAUUGAAGUGGACAGUGUGGCAGAAGAAUCUCAAGAGGGUCUCUGUGAAAGCGAGUCUGCUAAUGGAUUUGAAGCCAGUACCACUUCAAGCAAUUGUAGUAUAGCAGUACAAGACAGAGAAACUGGAGAGAAGGGUCAAAAAAGGCCAAGCGAUGGCAAUAGUGGGACACUGGCAAAGAAACAAAAGCGUACUCCAAAGCGAUCAAGUGCUGUAACCAAAAAUGAAAAGAAUGGAACAGGACAAAGCAGUGAUAGUGAAGAUCUUCCUGUCAUGGACAGUUCAAGUAAAUGUACUCCAGUAAAACACAUAAAUGUGUCCAAACCACAGAAGCUUGCGCGAUCCCCUGCAAGAGUAAUUUCCCCUCACAUCAAAGAUGGAGAAAAGGAUAAACAGAGAGAGAAACAUCACCACAGUGCUUCCCCAAGAGUGUAUAAAUGGAGUUUCCAACUCAAUGAACUAGACAACAUGAACAGCACUGAGAGAAUCUCCUUUCUACAAGAAAAACUACAGGAAAUCCGAAAAUAUUACAUGUCCCUGAAGUCAGAAGUAGCAACAAUAGACAGAAGAAGAAAACGAUUAAAAAAGAAAGACAGAGAAGUGUCUCAUACAGGAGCAUCCAUGUCAUCUGCUUCAUCAGACACUGGGAUGAGUCCGUCAUCAUCUUCUCCUCCCCAGAAUGUGCUUGCUGUAGAAUGCAGGUGAUACAUAUUUCUCUGCCUUGUCAGCAGUUUGCUGCCAUGGACAUAAAUCCUGAAAUAUAACCACAAAAAGCACUCAACUGGUUUGACAUUGCCAAGUACAUUCUGUACACUCUUCCACUGCUGGACUGUAUCUUUUUUUCUCCCUCCUGUUUUUUUAUUUUAUUUUAUUUUUAUUUUUACUGUUGAGAAAUUAAGCUCAUUGGUAACUGAAGGUUUGUAGGCACCGUCUGACAUGUUUGUCAUCGUGUUUAUUGUUUUUUUGUUAAUACAGAGAAAGGGCACUUAUCAGAUUUGAAAAGUUAUGUCCAAUGAAGCAUUCAGGUGUUCUAGGAAAUCAUAGAAAAGCAAGUGCAUCAAACAGA